UGUCACUUGAACCAGCUACUAACUUCUGUUAAGGUCUCCACAACGAAAUGGCUGAGGGAUUACGUAUUUUUUUCUCUCCAAAUUGUACAGCUCUGACGUUACUUCGUUGAUCCUGGACGCUAAUAUUUUAAAUACACUAGCAUUAUACCAUCGGAUAUGUGUGUUUAAUUUAGUUUAGUCGAAGUCAAUUUGGCCAACAAAACGGGAUAUUAAUCAUUCGGAGAAUCUCACCUCCUCGGACAUGCUGCUGGAAUUCUUCGCUGCCGUUAGUUUACUACCUAGCGAUAACACCGGUUAUCGCCAGUUAGCUAAAUGAUUUGUUAAAGUAAUUUGGGACAGUUAGUAGUGAUAGCUGGUAUUAACUUGAGGGAGGCUUUUUACAACAAUAACUUAUUUAUUGGACGGAAUACGACUAAAGUACAAGGUAAAGGAUAAAACGGGCAACUUUUUCUUGAAGUUGUCUCGAGCGAAAAUGAAAUUUUACCAUAGUUAGCAUCUAACUAGCAAAUUAGCUAACAGUAGCUAGUUGACAGUGACAUCAGUGGAAAUUGGGUAUGGUGUUGCAACGUUGUAACGUUAACGUUACCUACUUUAGAUUUGUUUAUCCAUAUAACUAGCUACAGUAGCUAAUUUAGCAUAGCAAGCUAAUGAUGCGGGAUUCAAACGUGAAUUUCAGUGUUCUCCAUAGAACUUGCAAAUUGGUCGUCCUUCUAUGUUUUCUCCAUAUUUCGGUGACUUUAAUUUUUUACAUGAGGUCGUUAGAUAUUCCAUUUGCGUUUGCACAAAAUCAGCAAGCACACACAGCAAAAAAGCAUGACCAAACUACAUUAAAGGACACCGUACCUGACGUGGUUGAAACGAACCGCUUUUCUGUAGACAACAUGCCACCUAACGUUACAUUCACCAAAUACCUUGGAAAAUGUCCUGACGCAUCACCACUGCUUGGUAAGUAGCUAUGAAUGUGUUGCCAAAACUAACAAAGAGUCGAUGGCAACUAAUAUUUAAUCAACAUUGCAUAAUCAAUAUCUCUGACGUACAAUGUAGCCUCACUGGGACAUUGUAUAGUCAUAUGAUGCCUGGUGGGUAGUCUUGCCAAAAGUGGCACAGUCAUUCAUCUGCUCUGAUGAGGAAUUAAUCUGUAGCCUAAUGCAAGCUCCAAGUAUAACCAGUUAGCCUCCAGUCGAUUUCUUAGUUAUUUUAUGACCCCUUCCUUAACCUGUAGGGUUUGGUAUUUCACUUAUUCAUACAAUAGGUCUAUCUAUGGCCACACGCCCACACCCUUAUAUUAUUAAUGCAUAGCAUAGGUCUACUGCUAGUGGUAUUGGAUGAGCAGCUUUUCUUAUUUCCACACAGGUUUGUUGUUGUUGUUCAGUGGCCUUCUCCCUUAGCCCAGGUUUAAAAAAUAUGUUUAUGCAGCUGUGGCCCUAGCUGAUCUGUCCCUCUGCCACAAAACCCUGACUGCUCCACAGGUGGGAGUCAGUGGAUUAAAGUGGUGUGCACAUUCUCCCCUCAGCUGACUUGGAGAUUUAAUUGAAAAUCAACGCAGUCUUGCAGUCUACUGUAGCUACUUGUGUAAGCCACUGGCAUAUAGGAGCCACACUAUUGUGUCUUUUAAUAAUAAAACAGCUGAGAGGUCAUUGUCAGGAGAAAAAGCAUUAGCUGAAAACAGGAGAUUGUAGAACUAGGCUAGAUUUCCUUGCAAUAGUAUAUUAGGCCUACGAUAUUAACAGAUUUUACUUGCUAUUUCUACUGAAUCAUCAGUUAUCAGGUCUGACAAAAAUGUAUAAGACUUCUCCUCUCUCCCGUUCUCGUCCAGUGGGCCCACUGCGAAUUGAGUUCUCCAACCCAGUCAGCCUGGAUGUGGUGAGGAAGGAGAACCCCAAUCUUCAGAAUGGGGGGCGCUUCAAGCCCAAAGACUGUGUGGCCCUCCAGAAGGUGGCCAUCAUCAUCCCUUUUCGCAACCGCGACGAGCACCUCAAGUUCUGGCUGUACUACCUCCAUCCCAUCCUUCAGCGUCAGCAGCUGGAUUACGGCAUCUACGUUAUCAACCAGGUGGGUCCCUCCCGGCCCCUGUCUGCUCUCUGUCUGCCUGUGUGGAGUAGUUGGUAGUGCCGAGCGAUUAUUGGAAUUCCAUUUAGUGAAACAAUUUUUCUGUGAGCUCAAUGCGCACAUCUCACUGUUUCUCUAGAGAUAAAUCUGAUCGAGCCUGAACUGUGCAAUGUAGUAGGCAGUUGUAGUUUCCAACAGGCCACUAUUCUACAUAGUUUAGAGCAUAAAACAUGGUAACUAACUACAAUGACCAUAAUCCAUUGUGCAUCUACUAGCCUAGGCUAUGUAAAAAGAAAAGUGCAUCAAGCCCCCAAAUGAUGGGCCGUAAUGGCAGCUGCCAAGUGACUAGUUGAGACAUGUACUGGUAGAUUUGUUUUCUUCUUGAGUAACUCUUCUGGGACAGAGACAUAUGGGCAAUUCCAUGAUAACAGUUUACGCUGAGACUCAGAUUUGUCACUUUAAAAUGUAUACCAAACAAAAACCAUUGAUUUCAAAGUUUAACAAACCAUACUAUGCACAAAGACUACACUUUUAACAAUUUCCACAGACAAUUUUACAAAAACACAUUUACAGGAAGAGCUGUGCAGAUACAAAGUUUGGUAACAAUAAAACUGAGGGAGCUUUUACUGUAAUUCUGUUGCCAAACUUUCUUUCCAGUAAAUAUUUAUUUUAUUGUGCACAUUUUUCUAAGUAGUCAUUGUGCAUGGAGUUGUAUGGUUUGUUAAACUUUAAAUUAAAGUGAAAGACUGAGUCUCGUGUGUAAUUCCGUUAACGUGGAAUUGUCCAUAUGUCUGUUUUCUAUAAAGGAAUUUCUUGCUUUACAGUCAAGAGAAAAAUUAGGCUAGCGUCCAAAUAACUCUUGCCUCCCUUCUUUAAAGAACUCCUACAAUUCGCAGUAGGCCUAAUCAUUUGUGUUCCCGUAUACGGGGAAGAAAUCAGAUCUUGCAACAUAGUGCCAGCAUUUGUCUCUGCAUCUGUUCUUUGUCCAUCAGCAAUUUCCUUUAUUUAUUCAUGGUGUUUGCACAACUAAGAGACUAUCAUGCUCUCUAUCGUCAAACUAGCACUGAACACCAAUGGACGUGGCACAGAAAUAGACAGUGGCUUUCAGACGUGGCCAUCUCUGUCACUUUAAAGACCUGAGAGAACAAUCCUGUCUGGAAUGCUCUUUUUAUCCUCACUCAUUCCUGUUUCUUUUCAUCAAGAAAUAAAAAGCUUUCUUUUAUGUACACAAAGGUAUAGAGUUGGUUACAGAUAACUAAUGGAAUAAUUCAACAAGGGUUGUACUUAAACUUGAAUGCACAACAUUUGGGGAGCCUGGCCUGGGUACAAAAUGUCCUGUCUUUUCCAGAUGUAAAAAUAGUCAGUAGGCCUAAUUUGGGCUUUUUAUUAUGAUCAUGUAGGCCUAGUUUAUUGUUUAGCGCAUGUAGUUACACUACAUGACCAAAAGUAUGUGGACACCUGCUCUUCAAACAUCUAAUUCCAAAAUCAUGGGCAUUAAUAUGGAGUUGGUCCCCCCCCCCCUUUUGCUGCAAUAACAGCUUCCACUCCUCUGGGAAGGCUUUCCACUAGAUGUUGGAACAUUGCUGCAUUGCCACAAGAACAUUAGUGAGGUCGGGCACUGAUGUUGGGCGAUUAGGCCUGGCUCGCAGUCGGCGUUCCAAUUCAUCCCAAAGGUGUUCGAUGGGGUUGAGGUCAGGGCUCUGUGCAGGCCAGUCAAGUUCUUCCACACCGAUCUCGACAAACCAUUUCUGUAUGGACCUCACUUUGUGCACCGGGGCAUUGUCAUGCUGUAACAGGAAAGGGCCUUCCCCAAACUGUUGCCACAAAGUUGGAAGCACAGAAUCGUCUAGAAUGUCAUUGUGUCAUAAUGUAUGCACCCAUGACUGUAAGUCGCUUUGGAUAAAAGCGUCUGCUAAAUGGCUAUUAUUAUUAUUAUUAUUAUUAUUAUUAUUAUUAUUAUUAUAUUAUUGUAUGCUGUAGCAUUAAGAUUUCCCUUCACUGGAACUAAGGGGCCUAGCCCGAACCAUGAAAAACAGCCCCAGACCAUUAUUCCUCCUCCACCAAACUUUACAGUUGGCACUAUGCAUUGGGGCAGGUAGCGUUCUCCUGGCAUCCGCCAAACCCAGAUUUGUCCGUUGGACUGCCAGAUGGUGAAGCGUGAUUCAUCACUCCAGAGAAUGCGUUUCCACUGCUCCAGAGUCCAGUGGCAGCGAGCUUUACCACACUCCAGCUGACGCUUAGCAUUGCACAUGGUGAUCUUAGGCUUGUGUGCGGCUACUCAGCCAUGGAAACCCAUUUCAUGAAGCUCCCGACGAACAGUUCUUGUGCUGACGUUGCUUCCAGAGGCAGUUUGGAACUCUAUAGUGAGUGUUGCAAUCGAGGAUAGACGAUUUUACGCGCAUCAGCACUCGGCGGUCCCAUUCUGUGAGCUUGUGUGGCCUACCACUUCGCGGCUGAGCCGUUGUUGCUCAUAGACACUUCCACUUCACAAUAACAGCACUUACAGUUGACCGGGGCUGCUCUAGCAGGGCAGAAAUUUGACGAACUGACUUGUUGGGAAGGUGGCAUUCUAUGACGGUGCCAUGUUGAAAGUCACUGAGCUCUUCAGGAAGGCCAUUCUACUGCCAAUGUGUGUCUAUGGAGAUUGCAUGGCUGUGUGCUUGAUUUUAUACACCUGUCAGCAAUGGGUGUGGCUGAAAUAGACGAAUCCACUAAUUUGAAGGGUUGUCCACAUACUUUUGGCCGUUUAGUGUAUCUAGAUGGCUACUAGACAAAACAUUUGAUUGAAAACAGACAAGUUGACCAUAGACAUCACGUCAUUUGGAUGCGUGCCGAUGACUAGUGAUCAUGAUAAGCACUUAGUUCCACAACAAGUUGGCUACUCUGUUUUGACAACUAACCUAGCUACAAGGGCGGCAGGUAGCUUAGUGGUUAAGAGCGUUGUGCCAGUAACCGAAAGGUCGCUGGUUCUAAUCCCCGAGCCGACUAGGUGAAAAAUCUGUCGAUGUGCCCUUGAGCAAGGCACUUAACCCUAAUUGCUCCUGUAAGUCGCUCUGGAUAAGAGCGUCUGCUAAAUGACCAAUUAUUAUUAUUAUUAUAUUACAAACUGGCCAGUGUUGGUUGGUCGUUAUCAAUAGCAAUCAUUAGCCUGAGUGGUGACACCUAAAACACUUUGGUUUCAUGAAGUGAGCCUUUCCUGCCUAAAAUGAGGUUCUAUCUCCCCAUCUCUCACUGACUAUCUCCCAAUUUGUAGAAAUCCCUAGAAACAUGAGGCCACAGGCAAAUGGGCAGAAACUCGUUUUGUCACGUUUUUUGUGUGUGAAGUGAUGCUGCAAGUAGUUAGACUGAAUUCUCACAGGUGUGGGGAUUUACUGACUUAUGGGAAUACUAGAGUUGGCCUCGAAUGUAUUUGGAAAUCAAUCUGGCAAAAGGACAAACUGUAGUAUGAAUGCCACUGCACAGCCCAGAGUUGACAAGGUGAAAAUGUAUUAGUUAUUGUGUCAUCUAAUCCCAUUUCACGCAAAGGCUGACCUGAACGUAGGAUAACGAUUAUCCAUUCUUCUCAAUAUCCUUCAAGUCAUCAACACUGUCUGGGAUAAAGCAAAGUAACUUCUGAAAAUGUAUUGACAAUCUAUUCCUUUUUGUUAAAAAAGCUUAUCAGAUCGGUGUAGUUCAAUGGUCCUUUUAAUGAUUCUUUACAGAUGUAGGCGCUAUUGGCACUUGCGAGGCCAGUACUGGGUUUCAGCUUGAAGGCGUAAUUGACUUCUCUUUCAGGUCUCAUGCCAGGACAUGAGUCUGUUGCCUCCCACCCACUAACAGGUAAAGUGUGGGAACCCAGCAUGUUGUAGGGUAAAGUGAAUGCCACACAUAGGCUAUACACAGCAAAUACAUGGUUCUAUUUGUACAUAUAACCUUCUUUUUUUUUUGUAGAGUAUACUCCACUCCAGUCUCCAGCACAAGUAGCAAAUUGGUUCAAGACGUUGGCCUAGGUGGUGUCCAUUGCAUAGAAAAGUAGCUUUAAUGGCUGCUAUUAUACUAAUGGGCCAAUCAGACUUGUUCCAUAGACAAGCCUAGCUAUUGCUAGAGGGCCCUUCAAUGCUGUUAAACACAAUUAUGAGGUCUUUGUUGAAAUUCUACUCAGUCUUUCUGUUUCUCUCUUCUCUCCUAUUUCUCCUAGCCUUUCCUAUUCUUUCCUCCCUUGUUUUAUUUCCUCCUCCUUUCCCUGCCCCCUUGCUCAAACCGCCGUCCUUUUGCAUGUCAGGCGUAUCUGGCCAUUGGCUGUGGUCGCUGGAUGAGGUGAGACCGGCCCCCUGCUUGCUCUGGCCAAUUGCGUGAUCCCAUGGGCUGAGGGGUUCUACUGGUAAUAUGGGAUUCUUUUCUCUCUAUCUCAUUGAAUUAGAGAUCUAUUUUGGUCUCAUGCUGUCUUCUUCACUUGCUUGUUUCCAUCUUUGCAAAUGAUCCACACCCUGUAUACAGAUGAAGCUUUAAUGCACUGGAGGAGAGAGGGAUGCAUCACUUGGUGGAAGAAAAAAAACACACAUACACACUCUCAUAAACACACUCACAGACCUCCUUAGCGGAUAUUUAUUUCAGACCGUAGCCGAUUUCAAUACGUUAAUUUCAAUCAGUGUACAUGUCUGUCUCAUAUCACCACAAUGUGCAACAUGACAUGUGACUGACAGCAAAGUGCUUCAGCAGAGAACAAUACUGAACAUUGAAUCAAUUGUCCAAGGGUUGGACCUCCUCUUCAGAUGACUUGAACUUCCCAGACCCUCUUCCUCGUUUACCUUUUCUUUUUAGAUGAAUUGUCUUUUUUCUUUUUUUAUUAAAACACUAGCCACACUAUUCUUUAAUUUGAGAACCACAGUCCUUGUUAUGAUUGCAUGUUAUUAGGAGGAGAAUCUGCCUCCAUUUGAAUAUUUUAGCCAAUUUUGGUUCUAUGGGUAUUCAAGCUGAUCUUUUUCAGGAGGACCAUCAGAUAAAGCCAGUGAUAUAUGAGACGUGUCCAUUGAAAGUCACUCCGCCCACAUUGAAGGCACAUUGACACAGAACACGAUGCUCCCGUUCUUUUGCCAAAGGACACCGCACAGAGAAUCAUCCCAGGACACUGAAGUACAUUAGACCUGGUAAUUGACCAUGUAUUCAGUCUGAGAACACAAAAAGAGAAUCAAAAUACCCACCCAACAAGUAGUGGAUGACAUACCAUAAGAGCCUAGAAUAUGGUGGUUUAACAGAGGAUUAAGUAUAAAGCCUGUACAGACUACAAUAUGAUAUUCUGUCGUUCAAUCCCCCAAAUUUAAGGAUAUUUUGUUCCCUGUUCUUUCAUUAAGCUAGGCCCAUGAUUAUAAGAUGAGGACUGCUGAAACCGGAUACUGAGGAAAAGUACGCUACUGCUUUAAGAGUUUCGAAAUGGGAAAUGGUUGUCUCCCAGAUGACCUAUCCAUGUUCUUCAGCAUUCCUUUGUUUUGAGUCAUAAUAAUUAUCCUACACCUGGGGAAAAAAACCUCUCCUUCCCAUUACAGAGUUCUGUCUCUAUUUACAUUCACUCUACAUAAAGCGCUCACGAUCCAUAAGUUAAAGUGCCACUGACACGUUUUUAGCACUAUUAAAUAUUAUUAGAAUCUGUUCAUAUACACCCUUGAAAAUGCCUAGCAUAACAGCUACAUGGAGUCACAUUAAAGAGCUGGGCCUGCAAAGCUUUGAUGACACUGCAUCAGCAACACAACAUGAAUUUCAAGUUUGUAAGUACCUGCACUCCUGAUUUUAAGAGUAAACGCAUGUUUUCCAGCAAACAAGAAGAUGCCUACACAAUGUCAUCAAAGACAAACGACUCCAAGUCAUGUACUGUAUACACCAAUGUUUUCAGUUGUCCAAACCUUCAAGUCUAGUAGUUUUGUCUCAUUUUCAGUGUAGGAUGUUUGUAGCAUCUAGUGCUCAGUCUCUGACAUGUUUUUAUUCCCGAUCACAUUAUAAUAGAUAGCCCUCUGGAUGGUUUAGUUUAGCCUUGAUUCUGGUGUGCACUUUAGUCCCAUUAGACAUGGGUGGCCAACCAACCAAUGAGGACAAGAGUUGCUUACUCCUGUCUAGACCCUCAAAAAUAAGUAUUUAGUUUUACACGAUUCACCUUUUAAUUCUAACCCAUAUUCCCUCCAUUCACUCUCUAGGACGGUGAUGAGAUCUUUAACCGUGCCAAGCUCCUCAACAUUGGCUACAUGGAGGCCCUGAAGGAGUACGACUAUGGCUGCUUUGUGUUCAGCGAUGUGGACCUCAUCCCCAUGGACGACCGCAACACCUACAAGUGCUUCAGCCAGCCCAGGCACCUGUCUGUCUCCAUGGAUAAGUUUGGCUUCAGGUAAGUCAACCCUUCCCACAGAUGACCAGGCAUUCUCUCCAGUCCACUGCGCUUUCAGCCUCUCCCCAGUCCACUGCGCAGACAUAGGACAGACACAAAUGUGCAUUCACAUGGUCAAAGGCACACACACUGAACUCAUUUAGUAGGAGUGUCCAUAUAAAAGCUUGAAGUGCACCUGUGGAUUGAUUCCAUGAUGUUCUAUCCGUGUCCGUGUCACUCACUUUAACCAAUUAACUGCUGAAUUACCACUGCUGUUACAGAGGGCUAACAGUUGACUUUGCUUGAUGCUGCCUAUUGAAAAUUGACUUUGUUGUCUUUUGUUUUGUUGUUGAGUUUCUGGGUCUGCCUGUCUUUACCUCAGUAGCUGUCUAUAGGUGUUUGCUGUAGGCAGUUCAAACCAAGCCAUUCACUGGGUUUGUGAUGGAGUCAGUAUUACUAAUGAAGGGAACUACAACUUUCCCCAAUGGGGUGGGGAUGUAAUUAUGAAGGAUGCCAACAGCAUAGGUGAAGGAUAUCUUAUGGUGGCUAAUGAUUGCCUUCUUCCUUAUUGAUCACGACUGAUCCAAACCAGGUUCUGUUAAAGAUUAGCCAAGAAUUAGGCUAGAAAGAUUAGACUGUGUAAAGUGUCACAUGCCAAAGGAAUGCCAUAUUAUUUAGUUUCUCCCUAUUACAUGCACAAAGGCUUGUUUCUCCUUACCUCUGUCGGUAAGACAAGCAAGCAUUUAAAUCGCUAAUGCAGAAGGUGGUGUUGGAAAGAGCUUGGCAUGAAAUUUGAAUUAGGCGCUAAAUUUAGCUACACUAGUUGUAAACUGUCCCUCAUUUGUAUUUAUUAUGGAUCCCCAUUAGCUGCUGGGACAUUAUUUGCCUCGAGUCAUGUGUGUUGAAUAGCCUGCCUAUAGACUUACAACGUGCUCACAUGAGCAGGACUGGCUUCAAAGGUCUGCUGUCAGAAUGGCUUAAAUGUUAAUCAUUUUAGCCUUAGGUGGCAAUGCUGUUAGUGCCACAAGGUUUUGAACUGUUUUCUGCUUUGUUUUCUGACUAUAGAGGAGGAAGUGGGGUCCAGUGACCUGUAGAGCAAACUCCAGUUGGUUUAGCUGUUGCUCUACACGUGUAACACGUCAGACAGGGAGGGGUUAUGUGAGGCUACAAACUGUCUUUGUCUGUGUGUUUGAUAAAGGGAUUUGGGAGCUUCUCUUCUGAUACACAGCUCUGGGCCUACACAGCUGUAGGCCUUAUGCUCGGCUAGGCGCUGAUCUACAGUCAGUUUGCUUCCGUUGUCUGCUUCUGAUUUAAGAUUUAGAUUGGUAAGGUAAGCUGGUCCUAGAUGUGACAUCAUAGUGCAGAGUGCCCCCUGUGUACAGGUCAUAGAACAGGUCUCUCAGCUUGUAACUGGGCUUUUAUGGGCAUCCUGUCACCGAACCUUUCCCUGUGUUGCACACAAAACACCUUGUGUCCUGUCACUGUGUGUCAUGUUCCUCCUGGGGCAUGCAGCUCACAGAGCAUCUGGAUGCAAUAUCCAGCAGGAUUUGGGCAGGGAAGCCCGGCUCAAGGAGAGACGCCAAGCUCCCCUUGUUCGGUAAUUUGUUCGGUGACUAAAUCCCACAAUGGAUUAAUGUUUUUUUUUCUUAAUUGUGGCGACUUUUCCAAUGUUUGCCAUGGGAUUUAAAGAAUAGCAUUAUAGUCAAGGAUAACUUGUAGAGCAUCCAAAAUCAACAAGAAAAUGAGGCAAGGCUAAACCAGGGGGCCUCAGUCUCUCAGCUACACGUGGCCCUACAGUACACAGUGUACAGACAGCCAGCAUGUAAUUUACAGAAGGCAGUGACACAUGGAGGAAGUGGGUUUUUCUGCAGCACCUCAUCUUCUAGGCAGAUGCUUCUUCUUUCCUGGAACGUAAGCCACUGACUGCAGUUUAUGUUGGGCCCGAAGUCCUUGAUCCCUUCCUUCAUUUGAGAGUUGUUUAAACUCUAAUAAACAAAUUCAAGUUUCUCCAUAUAUUUAUUUUUCUUUCUCUGUAUCUCUCUCUCUUGCUCUCUCAGGUUGCCGUACAACCAGUACUUUGGAGGCGUGUCAUCAAUGAGCAAGGAGCAGUUCCUCAAGAUCAACGGCUUCCCCAACAACUACUGGGGCUGGGGAGGGGAGGAUGACGACAUUUACAACAGGUCAGAGUCCGCACAGCCACUCUCAGACCAACGUCUGUGGCGUAUUAGGACUCCAUGUAAAAGUCAGGAGCAGGACAGCAAGAAAUACGACUCCAAAAAAAUUCAUAUUUGUUGGGUAAAGUGAUAGCGAAGGUUUCACAUGAAAAGGUUUUCUUGUUCAAUGUUGAAGCCCCAUCACAUGUUGAAACUCCAUCACAUAGUAACAUAGGCCUAGUACUUGUCACUCGUCAGUGUGGGUUGUGUUUUUAGCCCUACUUUUUGCAUUGUUCCAACUUGCCCCUGAGGGUGCCCUUGUAUACCACUACCACCAUUUGCUAUUGAAGGAAAUGUAUCAGUUAGUAGCCUAUUAGCCUCCGUUUUAGCAGAGGAGCUUUCACAAGCAGAUGGGACACCCAAACAAACUUCUAAUUUGUGAGUGGUAUGUAUCCUGUCUCUGAGACACUCCCUGAACACUCCCUCCAGCCAUCUCCAGUGGUCCUGCCUGUUUCUCCAGUGGUCCUGCCUGGGAGGCUGUUUAUGUUGUCAGGGCAAAUUCCAGCUGUCUGACUGCUUGCUUCUGUCUGAGAUAGGAGGGGGGGGGGGGGGGUUGAACGUGUUAUGGCUCUGUCAGACCCAGUCUGACAUAAUUUCCUGAAAUAAGAGGAAUAGGGUACUUUGCAGGGGUUGGAACCAUAAUUAUUUUCCAAUUGUUUCGUUCUGAACAGAAACACAAUUGUUUUUGUUCUGUUCCAAACCAACAAAAUAUAGUUCUGAACCGGUUCGAACCAAAAACAAGUACCGGUUAAUACUGUUCCUUUUUUAACCUGUGAAAACAACAGUUUUUUACAUUUAGCUCAUUCAAUUAGUUCACCAAUCAGUGUGGAUAGAGCAGGCAAGCUAGUUGUUUACAUGCAUGAUGGACAGACAAGUAUAGCCUAUGGCUCAGGACGCAGAUGGGGAGAGAUGGUUGAGGAGGAGGCUUGAAGCGCUGGGCAUCUUGUUAUGACAUUCAUUAUCUGAAUUAGGUCCACAGAAUUAUACCUAGGAGGAGCGGCUUCUAUGGAGGAACUUUGAAUGUCCUUUGAGCUAGCUAGCUAACAAGCUUGAGCAGAGCGGCACCAGAAUUAAAAACACGUCUUACCUUUUUGUAGUUAAAUCCAACGUGAAACGUGAUAACUAGGCCUGUAUUAUCCUCAACUAGCAUUGAAGAAGUUAAUCCAUUCUUCUCUAGCGAAUAAAAAAUCUCUCUCCCUAUCUUCUUAAUCACGCUUGUAACAUCAGUACAUUAGCCUAUGCAUCGCCGGGGGAGGCUAGGGCAGGUAGCCUGAACACACAUACACACUGGCAAAGAUUUACAGCUUGCAGGUAGACCCUGGAAUAAGUUUUGGGCUUUGCAUUGGCGCUUUGUUGUGUUUUUUUUCUGGAAUGUAAAAAAACGUUAUUAACUGGUUCCCAUGCUUUUAAAAUAACGGUUCUGUUCCGGAACAGUCUUUGUCUAACUUGACAUACAGUAUCUACUGUUGCUUUGCUGGAUUUGGCAUUAAAUUAGCUCUACAAAACAUAUACUGUGCCUUGUUAACUUGUGUCUUUGAGGCAUGUGUAACCCUAUAGGUAAACUAUAGACCAGCCAAACUGAACAUUGUCUCCAGAACUGAAUUAUAGAUGAACUCCACACAUACUGGUGAAUGCCCAACAGCACAAGGUGUUAAGAUGUGUUUUUGUCUCUUCUGCUUUACGUAGCUCUUAGUAGGGGAUGGUUUAUAAUUCACCUUAUCCAUUUUGAUCAACUAUGGCAGACUGGCCGUUUCCAGAGACGCUCAAUCUUAUUCACGGUGUUUGGGAAGCUUUUAUAGCUGUGUCACUGAGCCCAGCUACACAAAUGUGACCUGUUAUUUAAUAAGCAAGGCCAAUUUGCAUCUCUUCCACAGAGGCAACUGAAUGAAAACCAAAUAACCUGUUUUACUCCCUUUCACAUCUAUCCUACUUUUUAUUUGACCUAUUUUAUGUUUAUUUCACUAGUGUAAAAAAAACAGGCGCAGAUCUUCUCCUCGGGAGUAAAACCUUCUUGUAACUGCGAUCCAGUGUUUUAGUUAGACGGGGUUCUGACUCAUGUUGCUGCUGUGUUUUAACAGGCUGAGCUCCAAGGGGAUGACCAUCUCACGGCCCAGCGGCGCCGUGGGGAAAUGCAGGAUGAUCCGCCACAACCGGGACGGUGGGAACGAAGACAACCCUCAGAGGUGAGGUUCCCCCUUGUGAACAGGACUCCUGCACGAUGCUCUCAGGGGCGGUGUUUCAAUCUAUAAUGGUACCCCUCUGUCUUCGUUCACUCCCGUUCACAUGAAUAUAGCCAAACUGGAUUUGAUAGAAGUAAGCAAUUGGUCCACCUAGUUUCAGCUAUAUUGCUUUCACCUAUCCAGCUCUGUCUGAUCUGUAAAGGAGAGCAGAAGGGAGAGGGAACAGAAGGUGUGCACAGCUGAACCCUCCCAGGCUCUCCUUUCCCGCUUCACACAAGGAUCUAGUCACUCACUACUGUUCCCCUUGAUGUCAUUUCUCACUAACGCUGGCUGACUUUCUGAGCUCGGACAUUGUUCUCCGUACCUAAGCAAACUUAAUAGAAUAUUACAAGUCUGGGAAAACAUUGGCGUGAAAUGUGGUCGAAGCCACACUGAUAAGCCACUUAAUUCAUCAUGUCUAUUGAAAUCACUAUGUACAUAUUACAUUACAAUGUAUAGUGGAUUACUUUUCCCUAUAGUACUUUGAUUUGUUUGAUUGUCGUGUAUUUCUUUCUUGUUAUCGUGUUUAAUCAAGUAGUGCUUACUCAAGCGACGGUUGUUGUGAAAUCCAAAGGAGAUGUUUGCCGUAGGCUACACCUUAAACUAAAUAAAAAAGACAUGGUUCCUAAACCACGUCAUUGAAUUGUGGUUGAACUGUGGUUUUUCGUUCCAGGUUCGACCGCAUCGCCCACACCAGGGAGACGAUGAACAAAGACGGCAUCAAAACCCUGUCGUAUAAAGUGGUCAAAGUGGAGAAGGAUCAAUUAUAUACCAAAAUCACUGUGGACGUGGGGAAAAAAUGACUCGGAAAGCCAAUAAAAACAUGAACAGCCUUGACAACCAAUUUGUGGCUGUGGUGGAUGCAGUAACCAAAUGUGCCUUGAUAAAUUAUGAUAUGCCUUGGACUCUUUGGACUACAGAGAAUGACUGAUCUGAUUAGCAAACAAAUGUUCCCUUUAUUUUCGGCCUUUGCACAUCCGAUGGUGAAUUGAACUGGGAUUCCAGCGUUUUCUUCAUAGGAUCCAUAAAUCAUUGACACCAGGAAUGACCGUUGACAUUCAGCACAUUGACACACUCUUGGUGUCCUAUUGGGCUGGUACGCCCCCCACUCCCUUUCUGAAGACGGCUGCUGAGAUUAAGUCCUUUGUGAGCCAUUUUGUCUUGAGGGGAGGUUGUGAAAUGUUUAAUUGAUCGUCCUAUGCAUCGGGGACUCUCAAAUAGUUAAUUUUGUCAUAUGCCUAUCUCUUUGUAGUACUGUUGAUGUUGUCUUUUGGGUUCAUAUUGGGAUCAUUUUAGUUUUCUGUCACUUUUGGGGGAUUUCUUGCUAUUCCUUUUGAUGCCUCUGCUGAUCGAGCGGGGUUUCAACCCAUCCAAUGCCAAGAGCUCAGGCCAAAGAUGGAACUCUACAAUUUGAAGUUCAAUAAUAAACCAAGUCACUUUUUUUUGUUCAAAGACAACCAAACAACUAUCUUGAAAGAUUUUUGUACUUUGGGAUAUGUUCAAAACCUUUUGAUGGAGCAUCAAAGGGCCUAGAACUCCAAAAACAGGUUGUUGAAAAGGCCAAAUCCCAUUAUAUGUAUAUUAGGCAUUCUAAUUCUCACCACUAAGGGGUCCUUAAGGGUAUUUUAACUAUGUGAAAAGCUCUAUCUUGAAAGUGUAUCCGCUGAAGCUCCCUUCCCUGUGAAGAGCACCAUUCCAGGUAGCUUAUAAGGAGGCCUCUUCCUGGUGGAAAAGAGGUACCUGAAUGUAUUUGCCUGGUGGUGUUGAGAGUGUGUGCCCUGAGGUAAAAUGCUACCAUUCUGUUGUCUGUCACAAGUGUCUGGUGUU